AGCAGAACACCGCGCUCACACACACACUCACUGCAUCAGGGUGAUUCAAUCAAAUCAGCAGUGGACAGGCAGUGUGAAGCGUCCGCCAUGCAAUGGAGAGACUAUCCAGUGAAUACAACACAGAUACACGUGACUGUUGAUGACACAUGUACCAGCACUAUCGCUAUUAUACACACAAAGCAACUACGGGAAAGGUCAUAACUACCAUCAUAACUGGACUGCACAACUCCAGACAUACGGUUUCAGUGACAGCCAUCAACUCUUGUGGUCUCUCCAGCGAACCUGCCCCCACUACUGUAGAGCCCAGAGAUAAACCACCGUCUCCUGCCUGCUACUGUAAACGUUCAAAGAGUGAAGGUGGCAGCUGGAAGGUACACUUGCAUGUAUUAUAUAGUUCUCAUGUUUUUAUUUAUGGUCAGGUCGAUGUGAAAGUGGUUUAUCCCAGAGAUGCGCAUGUGAAAGAAAAGCCAAAAUUAGAAGAGGGCAGCUGCUCUGAGACCUGUCCUGUCUUUGACGACACAAUCCCGCAGAGAGAGGAAUACGCAGAUUCUGUGGCGUCCUGCUGCUUCACAGUUCUGGUUGAAGAUGAUCUCCAAACUGGUGACAAUGGAGGAGAAGGUGACACUCUAUCAAAAGGAGGAGUUGCAGACAUCGCUAUCAGCUCUUCUACUCUGGUGCUCCUCAUGGGUAUAGUAAUUGUUGCCGUGUGCCUAUGUCUGCGACAACGAAGUUGUGGCAAAAAGUGGUUGGGCAAGCAAUUGGAAAAGUGUAAAAGGAAGCCAGCAAGGCCCUGCCCUUGAAGUACAAACCCUCAGCGUCCUACAAUGCAGUGUGAAUAUUAUUUUAUAGCAUCAACAAAUAAACUUAUAGUUGUUUCUUCCCCUUGAGAUUUUCGUUAUGAUAUUAGC